AUGUGGGUCGUGCACCACGAGGGGGACCCCCACGGUGAUCAUCGCAUACUAUUCCCUCAAAAGAACUACAAAGUAGGUCGAAAUGAUCAAUUGGAUUUCGUGUUUAAUUCGCGUAAAUCAGCAAGAGAGUUGAUGGAACUUGUGACGGGAUCGUCGUCAGCAAAAACGCCUUUGAGUCUAUGUAUCCAGUCUCGAGCAAAGACGUAUGUGAGUGGAGCGAUAUUACGACUAAGUAAAGGAGAAAACCCAAGGGAGAUUGACUACACCAAUAGCUCAAAGAUUACCAUACAGGUUGAACCUGAUUCAGAUUUGGAGGUAAAGGAUACUCCUAUUACCAUUGAAUGGGUAGAAGUGAAGUUGUUUGCUGAAACCGAAGGUGCGGUUAUUAAAGAUUUGAAGCAAUCAGGGAUAGAUUUUACAUUUGUUGAUAAUUUACUGGAUGCAACGCACUUCUACACAACUCAAGCCAUACACAACCUGGCUCAUUUCAAAAAUGCAAUAGUAAAAGGGAUACCUAUAGUUAAUGACGAUUGGGCUGACACAGUACUCAAAACGCCCAAUAAUGUGGACAAAUGGUUACUCGAUUGUGAUUACUCUUUGUAUCUUCCUAAUGGAAACAGUGCAUAUUUGCCCGAGCCGAGACGAAAGCUUCUCGAUACAAAGUUGAUUUCGUUUGAGCCUAUAGAAUGGUUGGAUGUGACGGUACUAGAGAAGGCUGAGGAGAAGAUACAUGCACAAGUGGGUACUGACGAGUUCAUUUUAAUCAAUUCAUUCAAUGUGUUUGGAUUUCAAGCAGUGCCCCAAACUGAUCUUUGGAACAAGGUUUUAUCGAAAACGUUGGACUCAAUUCCAACAAAUAGAGUGAAGGAGCAAUCACAAAAGAGACCAGCAUCGAUGGAAACGCAAUCGAGCACCCGAAAACGACGGAGGUAUGAAAAAGUGGACAAACUCCAUUUCUUUUCACCAAGCGCCACAUCAAUACCUGUCAUUGAGAGCCCAGAGGACACUCUCAAGGAGAUAAAAAAUAACAAACCAAGCAUUGGCAAACUAGUUCCAAAAUUGGCUGCAUCUAAACCAAUCGAGAUGGAAAAAGCAAAUGACAAACCUCCUACUCCGGAAAUAAUUCUCGCAUCUUCACAAACUACUGACGAUACUACGAAUCUCAAAAAGAGGCGAGGUGAACCAUUCACAGCUCACAAGCCUCCGAAAAUUCCCAAAUUUGUUCCCAAAGUGUCGUUUGCUGACGCAGUGAUGCAAACUAAAGAGAAAAAGCGAGAGAUGUGGGAAAUGGAAAUGGGGAUAAUGGAAGAGUCUGAGGGAGUUGCUGAGAAUCUAUCAAAUUUGGCUAUUGUUGAAGUUGUUAAUGUACCCAUAAGAAGAAGGCGAAAAGAAUACAACGAAGUCGAUACUCCAACUACAGGAGGCAAGAAUUUCAAAAAAUUCGUCAAGAGUGUACCAGUGAAAAGAAAGAUAUCACGUCCGCAUAUUGAUAUGGUUAUUGAAGAAUCUACUAAUGUGUUAUUACCCAAAAGAAAGAACAAGCAAACCACCAUGGAUGAAGAUUUCAAUGGUGUAAUGAGUGAUGUACGUGGGUAUGAGCCAAAUCUAUUUGUUCCUGAAGAUGAAUCCGAUGGUGCGUAUGAAGAGUCUACCACUCAAUCAUUUCUCACAAGUCAAACAAAUGCAAUUAAUGCUGAUAGGAAAAGAGGGCGUCACCACCAACCCAUUGAUGAUGAUGACCUCGAAGAUAACGACGAUGAUGAUAAUGAUGAUGAUGAUGAUGAUGAUGAUGAUGAUGAUGAUGAUGAUGAGGAUGAUGAGGAUCAACCAAGAUUUGGGUUUAGUCGGUGA